AUGAGCUGCAGAGGAAAACAAAUGGACCGUUCUCCUUCAAACUCCACCUGUGUGAAACUCUAUCUGUGCUCCAACCCAGAGGAUAGCGUGGCGGAGCGCCGAGCUCUGAGAGAGAGUGUGUUCCCCGAUCUUAGAGAGCACUGUAGAAAAACACUGGGACAGGAUGUCAGGGUGAUAGACCCGUUUGAGUCCAGUGAUCCCUGCCAUUGGCCAGAUGAAAAAACCAGACAGCAGCUGAUUAAAGAAUGCAGAGACAGCUCCGCAGGACCUUUUUUACUGGCCCUGGUAGGACAUCAGUAUGGCACAGCCAGCAUGCCCGCCCAGGUGGAGGUGUCGGAGUACCAGCUGCUGCUGCAGGAGGGCCAGCGAGCGGGCGUCAGCACCCAGGAGCUGGAGAGAGCGUACCAGAGGGACGAGAACACCAUCCCUCCCUCCUACCGCCUGAGACCUCCACACAAACACACCUGCUGUCCCCAGCAGGCAGAGGUUAAAGAGGAAGAGGAGAUGAGGGUGAAGGCUGAAGACGAGGAGCUGAGGAAGCUGUUUCAGACCACUGUGAGUCUGUGUGUCCACAACGGUGUUAUGAGCCCAGAGAGAGCUCAUAACUACUACAGAUCAGCCCUUGACGCUGAUCUACGAUUUGCUCUGGACAACCGUCCUCCUCAUGACAUCAUCAGACGCUGCCUGGUUUACUUUCACAGGGUCAUCGAUGCAAACGGAGAGAAAGAGAAGAGACAGAUGAAGUCCCAACUUCAGCCACAGUCAGAGGUAAGAGAGGCCGCUACCUUUGACCUCAGGACAACGCCCACUGAUUCACAGUUAUUCUCAGAGCUUUGUGACGACUUCAUUCCCGGUCUCAUCACUUCCUCUCAGCUUCUAGUCUACACCACCACCACAGAGUGUGACUGUCGCCAUGGUUACACGACAGCCAGGAGGCGAGGCUAUACCGAGUCCCUGUGCCAGCAGGUGUGCGCUGACCUCGUAGGGUUGAUUGACAGCUGGAGCAUCUCAGAAAGCAGUGAAGGCUCUCAGCUGGGUGAUGCCUUGGCCAGAGAGCAGGCAGAGCAGGAGGAGCUGUGUGACACCUUGUCCCGACUUUAUGAUGUCAUAAGGCCAGAGGAGGAAAAGGUCAGAUCCUUUGUGGAGCAGAGCGGACAACAGUGCCCACUAGUGGUGAGAGGAGGACCGUGCACAGGGAAGACAGUUCUGCUUGCACAUUGUGCUCAACAGAUGAAGUCUUGGCUACCAGACUGUGAUCCCGUGGUGAUUACUUAUUUUUGCAACCUGUCAAUCAACCCUUCCCUGAGGCACCUGUUGUCGAGCCUGUGUUAUCAGAUUGCCGAUAGAUAUCGCAGCGAAUCUUCCUCUGAGCAGAAUCCCAGCCACAUGGACUCUCUUAGCUGCAUCACUAACCUCCGGGACUUCUGCUCCAACUGUAGCUCAAAAUCCAACAUCUGUCUGUCUGAGCUAAAAGAGCGUCUCUCCUCCCUCCUCACCUCCAUGCCCACCACCAAACAACCUCUAGUUCUAAUCCUCUGUGGCCUGGAUCACAUGGGAAAUAACUCAGGGCCUUACAUCAUGGAGAGCCUCCCGUCUCCCCUUCCUCCCAACGUCAAACUCAUCCUCACAGUCUCCUCCAACCGAACACAAGUCCUGCAAGCCAUCAACCCAAAAAGAAGUCCACCUCAGUGUGUGUCGGAGGGCAGUGAGGAGUCAGGAUAUGUGUGUGUUCAGCUGGGAUCGGUGGACAGGAAACAGUGCCUGAAGAUGUUGGCGUCACUGCUGAGCAGUUCGGGGAGGAAGGUGACAUCGGGACAACAGGCGCUGGUGAACACGGCGCUGACUUCUUGUGGUCUGCCUCUCUACGCUCGACUCUUGCACCUACACAGCUCGCUCUGGCACUCUGAUUCAGAUGUGACGGAGUCGUCUCUCCCUACUGGCGUCCACUCGUCCAUUUCUGCGCUGCUAGAUCACCUCGAGCAGAAACACGGCUCCUCCAUUGUGACCCGUGCCGUAUCCUACCUCACCUUCUCCAGGACCGGGCUCACUGAGGUCGAGCUCGCCGACCUGCUGUCCAAUGAUCGCAAGGUGCUGACUGAGUACGUUCAGAAGGAUCAGAGCACUUCCUCCAAUAUGAGGAUCCCGCAAAUCAACGUGGAGACACUUCUAUUGGAUUUGAGGAGGUUUCUCAUUAGAAGGACAGUUGCGGGGUCACAAGUUUUGUUCUGGGUGAGCAGGCAUUUCAAGCUGGUGGCGUCUAAGAGAUGUUUGGGCACUCGUGAGGUAAGGAGGGAGGUGAUGAGUGAGAUUCAUUCUGCAAUGGCGGACUAUUUCAGUGGCCGAUUGUCUUGUGGUGGGAGUGCAAACCCACUUCCUGUAAAGCAAAAACCUGAACGAAACAAGGAAAUCGCCCAUGUGGAAAUACCCAUAGACAGGGAGCCACCCAGUGUAGAAACAAAGGGCGAAACGUUUGUUUUCUCCUCUUCUUUCAAUGAGGUUGGCCGAUUGAACUUGAGGCAGGUCUUAGAAUUACCGCAUCACCUGCAAGAAAGUGGACAAUGGGGGGAGUUGGAGCAUGGGCUGUUAAUGUCUUUGGGAUUCCACCAGGCAAUGUUCCAAGCAGGACUACUGGGAGAUCUGGUAGCCAUGUUGGAGGGUGAGGAGGGAUUUUCCUACUUCUGUUUUUCAAGGGAAAGAGCCCUCCUGGCAAGCAUACUGAAGUCUUCUGCAUGCUUGCUGCAGAGCUCAUCCCUCCUCCUUCCCUCUGUGAUGGAGAUGAGCCUCCUGCCUUAUCUGGACCUCUUUCCUGGGCUCGAAGGUUAUGCCAGAGAGCUCACACAGGAGAGGAGGAGGACAGGAAGCGGAUUAGGAGUAUCGCUUUGCCCGGCUCCCUCAUCUGUUCCCCCCAUUCAGUGUUUAACAUGUGAUGCCAAAACCAAGGACGUCUCUGUCAGAGAAGCAGCUGGGACAGAGUUUGGGAUCGUGGCAGAGAUCAUGGAUGAUGGCACGGCGUGGAUUUGGAAAGGCUCCGGGUGUGAUGUAGUCAAACUAUCACUGAGCUGUGAGCAGAAGGAGCUGACAUUCGCGGGAGUGAAGAGCAGCGGUCGUUUCAUGUUGUUUUCCACGCAAUGCGACGAGCUUGUCCUGUGGGAGGUGACAGGCCCAGAAAAGUUUCUGCAAGUUAAAGAUCAUUUGAAAACAGAGUCAACCCGAAAAACAGCAAACAAAGUGGAGGGGUUUGUCGCGUAUCAGAAAAGGGUUUUUAUGUGGUGGAAGGGUCAGAGUUUUGUCAGCGCGUUUGAUGUCUCCGAUGAGACCUUGACUCAUUUCCAGUGUCAGAGCUGCGUGACCUGUUUGGUUUGCUCCUCUGAUGGUUUUUACAUGUACUGCGGGCAGGAGGAAGGCUCAGUGUCCAUAUUUGACAUCAACACCGGCAGCUUCCUUGGCACCUGCUCAAACUCAAACCCCAAUGCGAUAACAUCAAUGAUCCUGUGUGAAGAUAAGUGGGAACUGGCGUGUGUUGACAGGAAAGGGAGUGUAACCCUAUGGGAUGUGACAUCCAAAACAAACCCACCCAGUCUUGUCACAGAAAGCUUCACUGGAGGUAAAUCUGAUAACAUCCUCAAUAUAGAUCACUCUCAUGAAAUUAGCACUUUGUUGGUGUGUCAAUCUCACCAGGUUGCACUGUGGGAUACAGCCGACUGGGAGCCGUGGGACCAGUUCUUGGCUCCACAGGGGAGGGCCUUCACUCAAGCUGUGCUCUCCCAAGACGGCCACCACUUCAUGGCGUUGCUGGAUGGCUGUCCAUUCGUCAUGGUGUGGAGGGUCAGCACAGGGGAGUGUGUUCUCUCCUUGGAAACAAACAAGCAGCCGCGCACGCUCCUCAAGAUGGCCUUGGACGUCGUUUGCGUCGCUCAUGACGGCUGCCUGACAGUGUGGGAUUCUGGGAUGAUAGAUGCGGCAGGUACAGCUCCGAAAAUGAGGUGCGGGGUGAAAGAAGUGGUGGUUGACCGGACGGGGGAGUGCUUCUACACCUCCGAUGGGUCAGAGACAGUGUGGAGAUGGAGAUUAGAAACAGGACUUCCACAUGCGAACUUCCUACAUGACGGACCUGUGGUAAAACUAUGUCUUUCUCCAGAUAACGUUCACCUUGUGACACUCUCGGCAGGGGACAUAUACGUCUGGCAGACAGAAACGGGUCAGAACAUCCUGCGUAUGAGCGGCAGCAGAGCGACAGACCUCCUCAUCACCCCCAACAGUAACUUUGGGGUCAGUAUUUCUGAGCGAGGGUUGUCUCGGGUUUGGAAGCUGGCUCACGGGAGCAUUGUGUGCAGCAUACACCAGCACCUAGCUGACGCCAAGGUGUCGCCCAGGGGCACCUUUCUUAUUGGCCGUCGCCGUGGAGACCUGUUAGCUGCCAGCCUGUGGUCGGGCUCCAUCAGCAAGCGUUUCUCCUGCGCCGAAAGCUCGGAGCACGUCGUUGCUUUCCACACACUUCCGGAGCACCCGGACUUUGUGGUGGUGAUGGCCGCCUCAGGGGCGGUGUACACCUGGAAAGUAUCAGAGGAGACCCUGUACAGGCACUUCCAGCUGCCGUACAGGUUUCACUGUCAGCCACAAGACUUCCAAGUGUCCUCCGACGGGAGCUACGCCCUGCUGUCCACUGAUAAUGAGUCCAUCAACCUAUUGGACUUGUCUCAGGUCAGACUGUGCUCAUUUAAGGCAGAGGGUCAAGUCAUUAAAGCGUAUUUGGAUAAAACUGGAUGCUACGCCGCCUACAUAUACCGUCCCACCACCACCACCAUGGAGAAAAACUGCGUCUGUUACCUGCAGGCGAGGCCCGUUCUCACCGUUAUACGACUGGCAGACGGGGAGAGAAUAGGAAGCGUGUGUCUGGCUAAGAAUCCGUUGACUCUGGUUGUUUGUGAGCAGCAGUGUGUGUUUGUGGGAUUUGAGGACGGGUCCGUAGGUGUGUAUUCUAUUUCAGAGGUCAUGAUGAACGGGGAGGAGUCGGUCAGGUGCAGAGAGAAUAUGAGUGGUCGGUUGAAGCAAUGCCCCUUUGACAGAGCAUUCAGUUACUUACCACAAGCAACCCACAAUAUUAAAUGGCCUUAAUGUUAUUAAACGCUGAUGUUUGUCUGUGAUUUCAAAAUACAGAUGAUGAAUAUGACAGCACACAAAGUGAUUGUAUGCAUUUGUGUGUAUAAAACAUUGGAUAUUGAUGUAUAAAUAAGAAUAUGCCAUGUUUCUCUGUUUACACAAACUACAGCACCAUUUGUUUCAGUUUCAGGCAGUCUGAGUCGAGGAAAGGUGACUUGGUGAUGACGAUGAUAAUGGUACACCUCACUGUAGAAAAAUUUGCUCAGCAUUUGAGUUUCAUUUCUGUGAAAGCAAAACUAAUACCUGACCAGCUUGAGCCACAGCUACUGCAUGUAUUGUUAAAAAUGUUUAA